GGGCUCUGCUCCCUCCCCUGGGCCUGAGGACGGGGGUGAAACAUGUUAGAGGGAGCAGGGCUGUGAGGGGCAAGAGGCCUUCCAUAUUGAACUGGGGCAGAGAUUGGGCCCCCAGCGUGAUGCCUCUGAACAGUAGCAGCAGCAGCAGCAAGGCUGAGAAGCCAGUGUCCCUGAUCUGGGGCUGUGAGCUGAGCCAGGAGAAACGCUCUUACACCUUCGACUCCCUGCCGGUGGGGAAAUAUGACCGUCAGCUGGCGCUGCGCACCAUCUGUCUAGGUGAGAAAGCCAAGGAUGAGGUGAACCUGGUGGAGAUCGUGCUGAAGCCUGGAGAGGAGAGCGAAAAGAGGAUCCCUAUUGCCACAUUGCAACCCUCAGUCCUCCCCAUGGCCACCCUGGAGGGAAUGGAACUGACCCCCCCUGUCACCUUCAGACUGAGGGCUGGCUCCGGCCCAGUCUACAUCAGCGGCCAGGACAUCACCAUGGUGGCAGAUGUGCCCUGGGAGGAAGAGGAAGAAGAAGAGGAGGAAGAAGAGGAGGAGGAGGAGGUGGGGGAAGAAGAAGAGGAAGAGGAGACCUCUCAGGAGGAGUCUCCUCCCAAGACGGCCAAGCGUCCGGCUUCCAACAAACAAGCAAGUGUUGCUAAGAAGAAGAAGCUGGAAAAAGAGGAAGAGAGGGCCACAGUGGAGGAGGUCAGCACCCCUGUGCAGCAGGCAAAAAGAUCAGGCAAGGCCAAGAAACCGGCCCUGGCAGCCAAGAAAUGAGGGGUUAUGGAAAUGGGGGACCUCCUCUCCUCAUCCCUCUGCCCCCCGCACUUGCUUCAUCCACCUACAGCGGUGCCUAAACCCCACCAGCGGGCAGAGCCUCCCCUGCCCUCAUGGGGCAAAGUUCCUGCCCUCCAGCAUCUGGCUGUCCUCCCAGUGCUCGCUGCCUGCCCCCUGCUGGGUCUAAAGCCCUCCCCUCGCCCCGGUGGGUGAGGAAGGGGUGCUUCAUCGUCCCGGCCCCAUCGUGAGCUGUGCCGUUCCUCCCUUCUCUGUACCUCUGCUCCCCUCUGCCCCAGGGCUCCCUUACGUGUGAACAAGGCAGGGGGCUGAGUGGGAAACCAUGCAACUUGUCUGUGAUUCUUCCUCUACCCGCCGCUGGCAGUUGCCCAUCCCUGGGUAGCUGGCCCGUGCCCAGUCCCUUACCGGCAAGAAAUAGCAGCGCUCUCUCCGAUGGGACAGCCCCAAGGUGGGCCUUUCGAUGCUGAGUGUCAUCGAGCGCUGGCCUGAGUCCGGGCCCAGAGCCCUGUGCAAGGGCCAGUCCUGCUUCCCUUUUACCCCCUCACCCCCACCCCCUCCCUGCUGCUGCUUUCCUUCCCCUCUUACCCCCGUGUGGGGGGGGUGGAAAGCAGGGCCCGGGGGAGGCCGACGGGGACACACACUAGGCCAGGCAGCCAGACCAGGCCCCCACUAAGCUGUCGUUAGCUCAGACGUGAAUAGGGGACACAAUAGGGGAUUAGAGAACGGUGGGGGGCCCCAUUGUGCCCCAUUGACCUGGCCUUGGUGCGGCCAGAACAGGGAUUUGGCCCGGGGACGCUUACCUCCUCUUCCUCCUCCAGCCGCCCCCCACCCCCCCACGACAUAUACACAUACACACCCACUCCCACCCAGACCCACUGCUGGGCUGCAAAGCCGACCACAAUAACGGGGCCAGGUGUGUGGGGGAGGGGGGGGCUGCAGGGGUGGAGCCGCCCCCCAGCCCUGGGGCCACCCUCUCUCUACCUGCCCGAGGCCAUGCCUGCCUCCUCCUCUGGAGGCCCGGGCCAGGCCUCGGAGGGGAAGC